GAUUGAAUUCCCAUUUCAUUGCUCAAGUUGCCAAGUCUCGAGCAUUGAGCAAUGGAAAACCAGGAAUCCGAUCAGCCUAUAGGUAAACUCUAUGGUAAGUUGAAGCCUUUCUUGGCUGUCAUCUUCUUGCAAUUUGGGCUGGCAGGGAUGGAUGUGCUCUCCAAGGUAGCAUUGAACGAAGGGAUGAGCAAUUACGUAUUCGUCGUCUACCGCCAUGCCAUUGCUACCAUUGUCACGGCACCAUUUGCAGUAGUUCUGGACAAGAAAAUAAGGCCGAAGAUGACACGCUCAGUCUUCGUCAAGAUCAUGCUGUUGAGCUUACUCGAGCCGGUUAUCGACCAGAACCUGUAUUUUCUGGGGAUGAAACGCACAACGGCAACAUUUGCUGCAGCCAUGUGCAACAUUCUUCCAGCCAUCACCUUUGUAAUGGCUUACAUCCUAAGGCUUGAGCAGAUAAAACUUAAAAGCAUCCGAAGUCAAGCAAAGAUAGUUGGGACUGUAACUAGUGUGGCAGGGGCCAUGCUCAUGACACUAGUAAAGGGCCCUGCCAUUGACCUGAUUCGGACAAGAGGAAGGAGCAGCCAUGAAGCUACACAGAGUGGGAUAAGUCCUCAACAUGCAGUUAAAGGGUCCAUAAUGAUUACGAUCGGAUGUUUAAGCUGGGCAUGUUUCAUGAAUCUGCAGGCAAUCACCCUUAAGACCUAUCCUGCUGAGCUCUCCCUCACUGCUUGGAUUUGCCUAUUGGGAACAGCUGAGGGAGCUAUAGUGGCAUUAGUGAUGGAAAGGGGAAAUCCUGGUGUCUGGUCUAUAAACUGGGAUACUAAAUUGCUUGCAGCUGUCUACACUGGCAUAGUAUGUUCAGGCCUUGCCUAUUACAUUCAGGGAGUGAUUAUGAAAGACAGAGGACCUGUCUUUGUCACAGCUUUCAGCCCUCUUAGCAUGGUCAUUGUAGCGGUCAUGAGCUCCUUCAUUUUAGCAGAGCAAAUGCACCUGGGAAGGGUGAUUGGUGCUGUCGUCAUAGUCGGAGGCCUUUACCUUGUUGUGUGGGGUAAAGCCAAGGAUCACAAGUCCACAUCCCAGCUGCCUGAGAAGGAGACAGCAACAGCCAAUCAAAUGAUUGAUCCAGCCAAGAAUGGAAUUGGACUUUGCUGUCAUGAAGUCAUUACCGUCAAUCCACCUAGUGAAGAGAAACAAGGGUCUGAAAGUGACACAAGGAAAAUGAUGAAGCAGACAAUCAGAGCCAAAGAAGGAGAAAUCUGCAGGAAGGCUUAGCUAAUUUGUACAAUAAUGAGGUUUUCCAGAUUUGAAAAUGUUAUCAGAUGACACCAAUUUUUUGUAUUUUGAUCCAUCAGCUCUAAAGCAAUCUUCUCAGUAAGUUGAUUAUGUGAGCUGUCUGUGAGUGCUUCUGAGUUGCUUACUUGGAACUUAAUUGGUAACUAAUGUCUCAAGUGCUAAACCAUUGAGCAGCCUACAACUAUACAACUUUCUGUGUAGGUUUGUAA